CACUUGGGCCACCGCAGCGCCAAAGUCACCCGAGUCUCGGAGGCCUCUUGCAGCCGCUGCCGAAGUUGGAAGGAAAAAGAAAACAGAAGGCGAAGAUAAACAGACAUACGACAAAGAAAUGCUGCAAGUGGACUGAAUUCGGGGAGUGUUUUCAUCUGCACAAAUACGUCGUCUCCAACCGCAACACGCAGGAAGCCUCCUCCCUCACAACAAGUCAACCUCUUCUCUCUCGUACACAAACCUCCUCUGAGAGAGGCGACGGCAUGGAUAGAUCCGGUCCUCCCCAAGGAGGGAAAACGGCGGCGACGGCGGAUCGGAGCCGAAGCUGGAGAGAAGGUGGCCUCACCUAUGCCUACAUCCUUCUCUACAUUGCCUUAUCCAGCAGCCAGAUCUUCUUCAACAAGUGGGUUCUGUCCUCUAAACAGAUCAACUUCCCCUAUCCAGUGGGAUUGACUUUACUGCACAUGCUCUUCUCUUCUGUAUUAUGCUUUAUUCUCACAAAAGUCUUCAAGGUUAUAAAGAUUGAUGGAGGAGUGACUCCAGAUAUAUAUGCCACUUCAGUUGUCCCAAUUGGUGCUAUGUUUGCAAUGACUCUUUGGCUGGGAAAUAGUGCAUACCUCUACAUAUCUGUUGCAUUUGCGCAGAUGUUGAAAGCUACUAUGCCUGUGGCUGUGUUUCUUCUCGGAGCAGCAGCUGGUCUUGAAGCAAUGAGUUGUAGAAUGUUCUUAAUCAUGUUGGUCAUCAGUGUUGGAGUCGUUGUGGCUUCUUAUGGUGAAGUUAGCAUUAGUUGGGUUGGAGUGGUUUACCAGAUGGGUGGUGUCAUUGGUGAAGCUCUGAGGCUUGUCUUUAUGGAAAUUUUUGUUAAAAAAAAGGGUGUUCGACUAAACUCAAUAUCUAUGAUGUACUACGUCAGCCCAUGCAGUGCAUUGUGUCUCUUUGUUCCGUGGAUAUUUUUAGAGAAACCAAAGAUGGAUUCCAGUGGGCCUUGGAACUUCCCACCAGUAUUAUUAUUUCUCAACUGCCUCUGCACUUUUGUGCUCAAUCUGUCCGUUUUCCUUGUUAUCUCUCAUACAAGUGCGCUGACAAUUCGUGUUGCUGGAGUUGUCAGGGACUGGGUUGUAGUUCUACUUUCAGCUUUGCUUUUCUCUGAUACAAAGCUGACAUUAAUAAACCUACUUGGUUAUGGUAUAGCUAUUGCCGGUGUGGUGGCAUACAAUAAUCACAAGCUAAGAAAGGAAGCACUGAGAAUGAGCUCGGAGGUUCGCGUUGACAUAAACAAUGCAGAAAAAUCUCCAGAUCAAGAAGUUCAGAUAGCCUUAUUACCUCCGAAGGAAGACAAAUAGAAUGAUUCUGACAUGAUUGUGAGGUAAGAUUACAGUCAGUUGCAUGGACGUUUCUCUUUCUCCUUUUUUAAAUCUGGAGCCUCCUAAGCUGUAAUGAUGCUUGUUUCACUGUAACCAAGGAGAGCAAGUUCUAAUUUGACAAUUAAGCAACCAAAUCAUCCUCAGACAUACUUUUGUUAUCAUUAAAUACUUCGCACUCAAGACGGAUGAUGCUUAAUAUCUGCAAAGUUUGAACUACCGUUUCUGUAAGUUGCCAGGGGAGAUUUCUCGGAGAAUGAACACAUGAAAAUAGAAGGAAGAUUCAUUAGAUCUGAUUGUGGUACGGGAGACGUCAGAUGCAUGUGUUUUUCCCAUUUUCAUUCCUCGAGGGCUUUCCAUGUGUGGCAAACAUAUGCGAGAAGUCAGGACUUUUGCCCCCAGUAUUGCAGUUGUACUUUCACAGCGGAUUCGUGUUAUACCAUUGGUGAUCUGGGAUCGAAAACAAUAUUUGUAAACAUUCACAGAAAGUUUUGUCUGCUGCUGGUCAUUUAUAUCAAUUUUACUUUGUUUUCUUGAA